AUGGGUAUCUCAAUCUCGUCGAAAUCUUCAAAUCCAGAGAAGAAGAGAAGAUGUAGUAAGGGUAUGGUCAUUCGUGCGUCUCUAUUUGGCGUUGGAGCACCUGAGGCUUUGGAAUGCAACUUGUUCUCACUUCCACUUAUCUCGUGGCAUUUCCCAGCAUUCUUGCAUGGAGGGUCUUCUGAUGAGCUUUUUUGGCAACAUCAUCUACUGUUCGUUCCAUUAUUGAACUCAGAAGAUCUAACCAUGCAUACACUGUAA